AUGCUUUUGGAUGUGAAUCAGACAACUUGCCAAUGUCCGAUAUGCAAGGAAUAUGUUAAACCAAACAUAUGUGGAUUCAACCGAUGUUGGUGGUGUUGGAAAGGUAUUAAAGAAGGAGGGGCAGGUGAACCACCAAAGGCGUGUUCCGGUAAUUGGACAGAAGCUGAUAAUGCAUAUCAUUACUUUAACGAAAAGAUAAGUGGUAGUGUCACUUGGCGGCAACUUAUCAUAGAAGCUGUGGAAAAGAAGCCGUGAAAGAACGAAAUGAAAAGAUUAAAGCACAACCAAGAACUUAUAAGACUUCUGUAUUUUUCACCUUUUGAAUAAUAAUCAUGAUUUUUAAAAGUCGUCUUAAAGGGUCUUUACGACAAGGGGAAAAGCCGAUUCUUGGAUCCUGGUGUACGAUUCAAUACUUUUAAAUCAAAAGCUAGCAAGAUGCGUUCAGAUUACGCUUAAGUAGUCUCCUCAGUUGCUUACGAUUUGAUAAGAUGUUAUGGUAACACAUGUCUCCUACUAUGAUAUAUUAUCCUUAAAAGUUAAUUAGUAUACUUCCAAACAUAUAAUAAACAUAAAAUUGUGCGCUAUCCAAAAGUCGACGAGACAAACUUCCCAUAGCAGUUUCAAACAAAGAGAUUUUUCAUCAAAUGAACUGAAAGCAUAUCAAUGUAUCCUUUCACGAAAAGACAAAUCACUCUGCUAAUAUCAACUCUUGUUUCUCAGCAAUCGAAUUUGUCGAAAAUCAAAUUGUAUAAAUAUUAAAAUGUGCCUCAUUAAAAUACUUAAAUAAAUGCAGAGUUUAAUUUCGCCGACGCAUUUCAUGUUAUUUAUUUAUUGAAAUAACCAAACACUCUUCAGGGCUCUGCAUUGUAGUAUACAAGCACAAUUAAAAUAGAUUAUAAAGUUAGGAAAUGUAUAGAAUCCCGUGACCAUAAGACACACUUCCGACACAUGUUUCGACACAAUUUGUGUUACACAAAAAGAUCAGUCACGUUUCGACACUGUUUCAUACUGUGGCAACACAGGUACGUAAUGUACGUCAUGAUGUGGCUGGGUGUGGGUGUUAGUUAUGCUAAGAGAAAGACGCCUACUCCCACACCCACACCCUAGUUUAAACGUUACUUCUUGUGAGAGAACUACGAUAUUAUUUUAGAAUAAACCGAUCUUCAUCCUGACACUCUCACCCGUACUCUCUAUCAAUUUUGUCGCAAGAAUGCAGAAACAACAGUCACAAGAAAAUUUAUCCUUGAACUUUCACUUUUUAACCCAACAACCAUUUCUACUCGACUGAUGAUGACUCAGCAUUUCGCAGUUGUGUUUGCUUUAUGAAAUUCGAUUGUAUGUUGUUAGCAACAGCAAACAACACAAAUCAACUGGAAGAUUCCAACAAAUAACGACGUUUAUUGUUUGCAUUUCGCUGAUUCAUUUGUGCUAUUUGUGAUAUAGAGAGUAUUGACUGAUCUCUAGCGAUGUCAGAACAGUGCAGUAAAUGUGAAAAAGGCUUAUCCAGAGGUUCGUACUAUGAGGCAAGAGGCGAUCGCUACUGUAAAAAAUGCUAUGCUGCGAAAUUUUGUAAAACAUGUACCAAAUGCGGCCAUAAAAUCAUGCACAAAAGAAAUGUAAGUAAAGCACGUAUAGUCUUUGUAACAAUUUUGCUACUUCAAUUAUGAAACUCCAUAGCUACUGAAAUGGAAUCAAAAGUACUGGCACAAACGUUGCUUUACUUGUUCACAAUGCAACACUUCAUUGCUUAGCACAACUCCACAAGAGAAAAAGGGCACUCUACAUUGCUUACAGUGCUUAGGCCGAAAAUUUCCUCAGAAUAGUGAUCGACUUGGAACAGAUAUCCAGCCAAGUGGUAACAUACCUAAUAGAGCCUUUGUCAUAUGGCCCUACUCAGAAUAUGGUACGCCUACGAGUAUUUAUAACCAAAUAUUUGAUGAAAACAGACCAAUUUGUUCUAUAAGUUCUAUCAUAACCCACGUGGGGAUGCCUAUGGUUGCUGUUUUUUUAGACUAACUGAUAUAUCUACAAAUAUGUCCACAUUGCUUUACAGCAAGGUUGGCAUGCGAAACCAUUCACGAACACGUUUAUAGCUGUGGUACCAUAUUUGACAGUGACCAACUAAUAACACUUUACGUAGCCAGUGACCCGAUUCCCACUGUUAUACUUAGAUAAGCAAUGGGUUUUAACGCAUUCAUUGUAAGAUGCUAAAUCUUACAGUAAAUCAUCUACGACAAAUUAGAAAAAAAAUGAUUAGUGCAGUCUUUUCGGCAAUCUCUCUGCCUUGAAGGCUUUUGAUGAAUCGAAGAAUAAUAGAAAAUCAGAUUUUAAUCUAUCCAAGCAAAAUUUGUUUCAAUAAGACGUUUAUAUUCUUGGUGGUUACAAAGCCAUGAUGGAAUGCGUAAUGAUCAAGGGAAUAUCUUGUCUUGCUCUGUUUAUCACACUAUGAAGUAUGUUUCCUGAAUGCUCUUCGCUGCCGACCAACUUUGCGGUAAUAAAACUUCAGAAAAGUAGAUUACAUUGUCUCCCUAAGAGUAGUUCAACUAUAAAUUGGGUUGUGAGUGUGGGGUGUGGGCUGUGUGGUGUCGGG